CGGGUUAGUUUAUCACCCUGCACGUUUUGUGAAAUUUUGCAAUAACUUUGCAUUUAUUUCGUUGUUUCUAGAGAUUUACGCAUUCCUAAGGUAGCCAGGUAUGCCUAACUAGCUCAACAUUGCCAUACAACUACAUUGAGAGCACACAUCAUGGAUGGGGAGUCUAACUUAGAUCAGUAUCGCAUGGAACACGAGAGCAAUACAGAGUGGGAUAUGCGAAGGAAAUUCCUGGAGCUUAACAUUGGAAAACUACCCCAGGAUAGAUUGAUCUGCCUAUCACAGUGUCUCAUCAACGCUGAGUUCUACGGCUGCAGGUACCCACAAAUUGUACACGACCAACUCAAAGAGCUAUCGGAGGAUAUCUUUCACGAUAUUCAAACUCAUCGUGAUAAAGUUCAAGUUUUGCAUUCUGUAAAGUUCAUGAAGGAGGGUACCAAAUAGUUGCAUGUUGAUAGAAAAACAAUAAGCAAUUGCGAAACAAACAAAACGUUAUCUUGAAACACUAGACACAAUUUUAUGGUAAUAUGAGUAAAGGUAUUCGAGUUGAUCCUCAAUAUUAUUCAACACAAAGUUACAUGCGCAAAGGUCAAAAAAAUUUACCCAACAAUGAACAUUUUACUCCUGAUCCUAGCCACCAGGCAAAAAUUGCCCCCGUCUCUACUAACCCUCCCACAAUAGAUGACGCCUAUGAUGAUGCCUAUGGAUAUGAUUUAAACGAACCAUAUGAAUAUGAAAACAAAGUUGAGGAAUAUAACGCUCAUCAAGGCUUCCUUGAGAAAGGAUUUGAUGUCGAGGAACUGCGCAUGGAACAUGAAACCGCAAACGAAUGGAUGAUGCGACGUAAAUUUAUAGAUGCUCAUAGAUUUAAUUUCCCUAAAGAUCGACUUAUCUGUUUAUCAAGCUGCUUUGUAAAUAUUGAGAAAUAUGGUGCCAGGUACCCCCAACAAGUAAUGGAUGACAUUAAAAGGUUAACUCAAGGAAUGACUGAAGAACUUAAUAAACAUAAACAAAAAGCAAAGGACUAUACAAUGACAAAUUUUGUAAGGUCCAGUGGUACUGAAAACAAGAAAGAAGACCCAAGUCAAGCACUGAAAAGGAAAUCUGCCGAAGGGGCAGCAUAUGCUGCAAAAAAGUCUAAGAUGUUAUUUGUUAAAGCAGCUGGAGAAUUUCAAAGUACUGAUGUUACACAUGCAAAUGAGAUCUUAUCAGGUGAUGCUGAUGAAAUCUUUAACAAUAUGUCUGCAUCUAAAGAAAGAAUGAAAGAUGCUAAAGAAACUUACACGGGCAACCCCAUGUCAGACCCAGGAGCCAUAAAAGUGUUGUGCUAUAAAUUCCUCAGGUUGAGUAAAAAGUUGAACAGUUUCACGGAUAAGUCCAAAAAUGCUGUUGAGCACAUUCAUAAUGCAUGUGCAAGGACACAUAUGCAGCAUAGGGCGGAUAUAAGACACAGCUGGGAGUCAUUGCCCAUUUGCUUUGUAUGUGAAGUAUACAUCAAUGAGGUCCUUGUUGGAGUUGGAAGAGGUCAAAAAAAGAAGGACGCAAAACAUAAUGGAUAUGCGAAUGCUCUAGUGACAAUAAAGAAAAAGUUUCUCAUAGUUUAUAAAAAUGAGAAGCCAACCCAUGGUCGGUUAGAACUGAGAAGUUCGGAUGAUCCAUUUGACAAUGCUGUGUUUAUUAACAAGAGGGAUAUUAUGGAGACCAUAGAGCCUCCUAAACCCCCGACCCCUCCACCAUCUGAAGAGUCAGAGCCCACUCCUGUCCCAGAGCCCAGUAAGCCCACUCAAGAAGAUCCCAAAAAGUUGAAACCAACAAAGAAACAGCCACUCCCAGCAAAGGAAUUUGUGACGCCACCACUUAACCCCGAUCCUGCCAUGCAAACUAAAGAUCUCCCAGUUAUCAAUCCAAAUCCCUUCCAAGACCCUUCCCUCCCUGCUCCAGAUAUCAUGUACACCAAGAAACCUGCUAUUAAAAUUGCUGCAAAGUUUAAGUCUGCUUCACUUGUUCCUCAACCGAAGAAACAAGAGGACACCAGGCCUUUGACAGUACAGUGGCGAGAUAGGGCCAACAAUCAUUCCAAUCCUAAGAUUGCGAAUUUUGUCAUUAAGGAACCAAUGGAGGCUGAAGAUGGGUCUGCAGAACCACUAGGUGUGCUGGUGAACAGUAUAUCUGCGGCUCCACAAUGUGAUGGUAAUUUCUCGGUGAAGCCAGGGCAAGAUGGCCAUGUUGGAGUAUUCAGUCUUGGUGGUGAGGUUAUUGCUGUAGGGAAAGGAGCCACCCCAAAGGAUGCUAAACGCAAAUCAGCAGAACUGGCCAUGCCUUUAUUAAAACAAUGGUGCUGGACUUUAAAGACAGGUAAACCUCAGACUGAUGGUGAUAAAGUAUCAAAGGAGUCCAUAGGUGAUCUGUCUGCAACAGAGGGGACGUCUGGAGCUAAUGGAAAUCUAGGCUCACAAAUUGAGGGUGACAAUAUAGGUAACCGGAUGCUACAGAAGAUCGGCUGGACUGGAGGAGGUCUUGGCAAGAAAGAAACAGGCAGAGUUCAACCAGUUUCCCUUGAGAGUGUCAUUAAUAGGGAGGGUUUGGGUUAUACAGGGGAUGUCACAAAUCUUAAACAAACUGUGAAAAAACAUGUGGAAAAUUAUAUAAAGUCGGGUAAAACUGGCGAGAUGGCAUUCUCGGCUGAUUUUACAUCAGAGGAGCGUAAAAUUAUCCACAAUGAGGCUAGAAAAUUGGGCUUGAAGAGUCAAAGUUAUAACACCAAGAUUGGACGAUUUUUAGUAGUGAGUCGGAAACGAAAUUUAAUUCAGACAAUUGAGUAUGCAUUGACCAAUGAGGAAGCUUCAGAUAAAUACAAAGUUAUACCUCCGACUGGGAACAUUUUCUAAGUUACUGACUUUUCAUUGGAUUUAUGCUCAUUAUCCCAUUGGACAAGGUUCAGUGGGAUACGAAUACUGUAUUUUCUUUCACAGGUUCGUCCAAUGGACAAUUGAUCAUAUCUUAUGCACAUGCCCUAUGUCAUAAGUUGUGCUUGAAAGCUUCUGUUUUUGACAGUCCAAAAUCUAAAAAAUAGUUACUACAUAUCUUUAAAAUGCAUGACUAUUUUUAUGAGUUUGCCUUAACUAAGGUAAUGAAGUGAUUUUGUUCAUAGUUUAUAUACAUGGAAACAUGCUACAUUGUCCUCAGCCAUUUCCUCAGUAAGGCAGCCAUUUUGAUAAAUGGCAUCCCGUGGCCAUGAGGUUGUGAGUUCAAGACGUAUGAGCUCCCUUUGUUUAUUCAUUUAGGUGUGUCGUUUUUAAGUUGUUUUUUUGUUAAAACUCCAAAACUCAUAUAAUUAUAGCUCAACAAGUAACUUCAUCAGUCCUCUUGAUAUCUCUUGAUAUUCCCUUCACAGGUGACGAUUGGAAUCUUGAACAGUUCUCUUGAUAUUUAAAUGUAAAUGCAUACAAUCAUUUAACAUUAUCUUUUGACAAUUUGUCUUGUAUUGUGAUCAUUUUGAGAAAUGUAGUCUCGGGAUCUUGUGUGCUGCUUGGCAAUCUGUUCAAUGGGAUAUGCUAUUCCAUGGCAUUGCUGUAUUAUCUAUUUUUCACAAAAAAUGAUGUAAUGAACAUAGUGAGAGAUAGUUGAAUGCACUGGCCUUUUACUAUGUACUUAUGUUUGUAUCAUUUUGGAUUUCAGGAUUUAACAAAUUGAAUAAAUAAGCAAUCAUGUACAUUAAAA